AUGGACGUGGCAAGCUGGAUGGGGACGAGUGCUGUUUUCUUGACGUUGUCAGGACACGAGGGUUCACCAGCAAUAGACGUCUUUGAAAACAUAUUCUUCUUCGCCACGAUUGGUAUCUUUGGACUGAACACAUUGACACUGACCAUCCAAGCGAUCCUCUAUCCGAAACAAGCGCUUAGGACACUAGUAAAUCCUGCGAAAAGCGUCUUCGUCCCGCUAUUCGUUCUGUCGUUCGCAAAUAUCAUCAUAGGUGUCAUACAUUAUUGGCACCUAGAUGGAACCUCUGCGUACAUUCUGCUCUGGAUUUACGUGGGCCUUGCUGUGUUGAUCUGCCUACCACUGUUGGUGGUCUGGUUCAACCAGCCCCAUGACCUAUAUCAGUUCACACCCGCCUCGGCAUUUCUGGCAAAUCUUUCCAAUGCCUACAACGUGCUGGACGUCAUGGAUUACAACGAAUCAAGGUCCAUAGGUGUCCUGUUGGUUGGCUACUUCUUUCAAGGCUUGGGAUUCUUCAUGACUUUCUUCUACAUCUGCAUAUACAUUUUACGAAUCUUCUUGGUAGGAGGUGCAUUGAUUGUUUGCGGGCCUCCAGGAUUCACCGCACUCGCUAUUAUACAACUGGGAGACAGAGCUCGUAGCAUUCUUCCAGCACAUAACCUCAUCACCGUCAAUUCUGGUGAGAUAUGGUAUGCCGGAAGCGUCAUGGGCGGUCUCAUGCUAUUUGGACUGGCCGUUUUCUUAUUCGUUUUCGGGGCCUUUCCGUUCUGGUUCAAGACUAACAAGCGGCUGCACGAUAUCUUGGGCUGCUGGGCCCUUACAUUCCCUAACGUGGGAUGGAUCCUCACCCUCCGCGUUCUCGGGAACCUCUUCGACAUCGACGGCUUUAAAAUCCUGCAUCUUGUGUGCUGCUUUAUUCUGGCCGUAGUUUGGUUGAUUCUCUUCGUUCUCACAUGUGUGGCCUUUUAUAAAGGCUUCAUCUUCAACUCGGAGGACGAGGAUGUUAUCAAGGACUCGUUCUACUCUCUAAGGGAGAAGAGACGGAAGAGGCGACGGUAUUCGCACAUGGCUGCACAAACUGUGACACCGAUGAGGACGCCUGGUGGUACUCCUCCUACCACCCCUGGCGAUACACCUUCUUCAACUCCUCGUACAACACCUCCAGCGACACCGCUUGCCACAACACCUCGCGCUACAUCUCCUUCAACGCCGCCUCCCCCAAUCCCUCCUCCUCAAACUAUUCCGUCAGAGGACAUAGUUUGA